AUGUUAUGCUCAUUGCUAUUUGAUUCUGAUAAUCAUCGUUUAUCAACAAAGACUUCAUUAGGAAAAAAUAUUUCACAGAACGACGGUGUUUAUCGGAAUGCUCGUUUAAUUCAUGCACUUUGCUCAGCUUUUGUGGGUCAAGCGGUUAUAGUUCAAACAACAGAUUCUCGUAUACAUGGUGUAUUAGAAACAAUUUCACCUAAUUUAGAUUUGGUUAUAUGUGUUAGUCAUAGUUUUGAUGAUAAUAAUAAUGAUCUAACAAUAUUGAUGCCUGUUGAUAUUUUGUCUGAUACAACAAAAGUUUAUAUUAAAGAAAAAUCAAUUAUUGAAUGUUCAAAAAUUGUUGAAAUGAUUGCUGUCGAUGUUGAUAUGAGUUCUGUUACAAAAUCCGGGAUUGCUGAUGAAAAUUUAAAACAAGUACAGUCAGAACAACGAAGUAAUAAUAUUGAAAAUAUGCGUGAAUUAGAAAAAUGGGACGGUGGUGACCAAUCUGAAGAUAUUGAUAUGGAACUUGAAGAAACUGGAGGAUGGACAGCUAUGGAUAUGUUUACAAAAAAUAAGGAUGCAUUUUAUAUAAAUUCCGAUUAUAAUCCUAGUCUACUGAACACAUUAUACGAUAAUGUACCUGUGCCGACCGUCAUAUCAGACGAAGUUGAAAGAAAGGCUCAAGAAAUUGAAAAUGACGCGAAUCAUAUUAAAAAUCGCGAGUUAGAAAAUGAAGAUUUUGCAGGUGUUAAAAGACAAGAAGACAAAUCUGCCACCGAUGAUGAACGAAAUAAACAACGAUCAGGAACUUCAAAAUAUGGUUCUGGUAUAACAGGCACAAAUACCAACAGAAAUGCGUACAAUAAUCCAAGACAAGAUCAAAGUGAUGGGUCAAUGACCUCACGUAUUGGCGGUGGAAGUAAUCGUGGUGGCCGUGAUACACUAAAUAAUCAAUCAAGACAAGACGCACGAGUAGCUCCUGGCGAGCAAAGAGGAUUUGGUCGAAAUCCAAGAGGUGGUAAUAGUAAUUAUUUUCCAAAAGAUCAGUCAAAUCCAUCUCGAAAUAACCGACCAAAUCAACGUGGAAGUGGUGGUAAUGUACCUAGUCAAGUUUUUAUGAGUAAAAGUCUACAACAUCAAGGAAGUCAAGAUGGGCGCGGCAAAUUUGGAGCUCGUCGACACAAUCAGCCACGUUCAUUUAAUAACCCAUCAGAUUCUUCAUCUCCAAUGGGACGUAUGUCACCCUCUCAUUCUUAUGAAGGAGAUCAUCCUCGUACACAACGGACUGGUAGUUUUAAUCAACAACGACAACCGUCCGGUCCUCCAAGUCCCUCAACAUCAACCUCUCGUUCAAUAGGUGGAGCACAGGGACGAAACUCUCCAGCGCCCAUAGCUUUGGUCACACAACAUCCAAAUCCAAAUUCAGUCAGUAGUCCUCCACCGUCACAGAAUCAGUCUCAUACUCUUUCAUCAUCCUCUAACGUCACAUCACAACAUUACGGGCCACAACAGAAACAGUCAUCAAGUACCGGAUCAUCUGCAUUCACGCAUGUUGCUGGAUCAUCGUCAACGAACUAUUCUCAGCAACAGCAGCCACCAUUUACGAAAACGCAAAAAAGUCUUCAACGCGAUCAAAUUCAACAACAAACCACAUCCGACCAUCAUUCAGGUAGUGAAGAAACCGAACCCAUAAUUCUCACAACUACUAUGACACACACCACGCCAUCCACAAAUCGUCAACAACAUCAGCAAAUUCCAUUAUCACAAUCUUCUGUAAACAUAGGAUCACCAUCUACAUUACAUUCAUCAGUCGUACAACAACAUCACGCACCACCAUCUGAUUAUAUCCCAACGAAUUCUAUUCGUUCUUCUCAUUCACCACCGAUUCCGCCUCCGUUGUCAUUGCCUUCACGUGAACAACAAGAAAUGAUGGAAAAUAUUCAUCAUAAUGAAUCGUCUUCAAUCGUUCGAAGUUUAUCCGAUUCAAGUGGGAGUAUUUUACAAAUGCCACCAGCAACAGUAUCCAGUGCUCAACAAUUAUCAAACAUACAACAGAAUAGUGGGCAAACGACACCUGGUAACAAAUUGUCGCAGCCGAAUUCAGCACUAAAUCCGCUGGCGAAUGAAUUUGUUCCAUUUGCGGUAAAUCGUUCUAUGAAUGACAAUUCUCGUCCAGAGUCCCGUGGUUCGUCUGUGCCUCCGCCGGUCGUUUCACAAAAUAUUCAACUUCUUCCACAACAUAUGUUACCACCAAAUCAACAAAUUUUUUCUCCACAGUACUAUAUUUCUCCACAAUAUCAACUUCCUGCUCCUCAACAGCAACAAAGUCCACAAACAGUACAAAUGGUCAACGCAGGAGUUAAUGGUGGUAAUGGCAUGACAGCACCAAAUGGUGUAGGAUAUAAAACAAAUCAUCAUUCUGGUACAAAUUCGGUUCCACCAAAGAAAGCUAUUGUUUCUGUCCAAAAUGGUCCAGAACAAAAUACAACGAAUAAUGUUGGAACAGCAACAGGUCAAACAAUGAUGAUUCCACAUAUCGGUUACUGGAAACCGGAUAUUUUACCAGGUCAACAACAACCUCAACAAAUGAUAUCCCAACCAAUUUAUUGUCAACCGCUAACAAGUCAAGGAAAUUUGGUGUCAGCUGUUGUUCCAGCGCCCCAAAUUCCUCAGGCUGUUCAAAUGCAGCCACCUCAACAUUCAAAUACAUCAUCGGGCACAGUCACACCUGCUCCAUCGGCCAAUUACGGAAAUGGAACGGCCCCUUAUUUUUUUCCGUACAUUUUCGCACCUCAGAUUCCCAAUAACUUAUCAUCACAGCCACAGCAGCAAACACAGCAGUAUGUAUUCUAUAAAAAUCCUCAACAACUUCAAAUACAAUCAGCAAAUACAAAUCAACAAAUUCAAGCAUCAACUGCGCCGCUUGCCUAUCCAGCACAGUCUGCUCUAAGCUAUCAACACUAUAUACCCCAACAACAGCAACAACAACAACAACAGCAGCAGCAACAAAUACAACAUCCCUCUCAAAUUGCACCACAACAAUGGGGACAAAUAACAGGUGGUGCUUACGAUCUGGCAGCAUAUCAACAAUAUUAUUCACCAUUUCAGCAACAACAACAAUAUCAACAACAGCAAUCUCAACAGCAACCAACUCUUACACAACAGCAAGCAGUGUAUAACACUAGCAUCAAUGUCGCCUAUGCACAACAACAAUGUCGUCCAGCUGCAUCGUAG